AAAUCGAGGUUGGAGAGGGUCGACGACGUUUUACUUUGUGGAAUCCCCGACGUCCGCCCUUGUAUUGCCAAAACAACGCACACGCUUUCUCUCUCUCACCUAGCCCGUUCAUUCGCCUUUGCCAAAGAAAGAAGAAGAAAGGGAGAAGAAUAGAAGAAGAAGAAGAGAAAAAAGAGUCCGAUCCGAAGCGACCCUCCACAUCGGAACCAAUCUCAGAUUUCACAGCCGCACGCACGCGCGCUCUGCACGAGAACGCCCAGGUCAAAAGUCGGACCAUACAGACCAGAACACACAACAACCGACACGUCGCCAAUUCUUGCCUUUCCCUUCUCGGCUCCCGCCAGACGCCGCCAUGGGCCUCACCGUCCUACCCGCUUUAAUCCCCGACAUCCCCAAGGUAUACGAUGCCUACUUUGGGGCUUUCAAGGGGUCGGUGAUCCUCGACAUCCUCUUUCCCACGGGCAUUGACGAGGCCUUCCGCGAGGGGCACACAAAGCACACUGUCGACUACUGGCACAAGACGAACACUCAAUACACCAUCAAGUGCGUCGACGCCGAGACGGGGGAGAUCGUCGGCAUGGCCCUGUGGGAUGUCUUCCUCAAGGAGCGUACUCCGGAAGAAUACCAGAGUCCCGGCGCCGUCUGGCUCCAGGGUGAACAGAGAGCCAGGGCUGACGAGUUGAUCACCCCUCUCAAUGAAGCCAAAGAAAAGAUUUGGGGCGGCCGAAGAUACGUUUACUGUCAUAUUAUUGCAGUGAAGCCUGAACACCAAAGACGAGGUGCCGGCGCUCUUUUGACAAAAUGGGGUCUCGACAUGGCCGAGCUGGCGGGGCUUCCCGUCUACCUCGAGUCGUCCGAGGAGGCUUUCGCACUUUACAAGCGGCUGGGUUUUGAGGUGCUCAAGGAAAAGAUUGUGCACCGCGCAGGGCUGGUUGGCGCCGAAAAGGAUGUCGAAGUCCCUCUGAUGGUGAAAAUGCCAUCCGCCGCCAAGGGCCUGGGUUUUGAGGAGUGGCGUGCUCGAGGAUACCCGCCUUUCGAGUGAGCGCGUGGCUGGACCGGCUGCGAAGCCGGCAGUGUGAACGAAUUCCUGUUACCACAAGGUAGAGAGAGGGUAGAGAGGCAUUAAGAUUUCAGGCGCCAUGAUUCUGGAAGCGCCAAGGUGAGGCGAAGCUGCAAGGCAGUCUGAAGAAAGCAAAGUCAUCUGUGCCUGGACACCUGCAUGGCUUCCCUCUUGGCCUUGAAUGUACACUAUUUGACAACAACGCAGCCAUUCCCUUGCUUCUUGCUUGCAUGAAGAUCAGGGUGUCCUGGAGGCUGGCCGAGAGACGCGAGAGGAAUGAGCUA